AUAACUUUGAACAAAGGUUGGUUUUUAGGUGUUUUAUAGAGAAUUUAAAAAGUUAUUUACUAUCAAGUAAAGCACGAUGUCGUUUAGUUAUUUUUUAGCUUUGAUCAUUUUAAGGUCAAUUCCAGCAUUUUCUAUGCCUCCCGAGUUUUUAUCUUCUUCGUCCAAUCCGUCCGGUUACGAGCAGAUCGACCACACUAAAUUCUUGGUAACCGACAUCAGCAGUCUGUAUGGAAAUGAAACGUUUUCGGAUGUUGUUUUCGUUGUAGAUAAUGUACGAUUGCACGCCCAUCGACUUAUGUUAGCCACACGCAGUGAAUAUUUCAGAAAAUUAUUGCUUGGAAAUUAUAAAGAAUCCCAACAGCGUGAUGUGACAAUUAGUGAAGCAUCAUUAACAUCAUUUAAAUUACUUCUUGAGUACACAUAUACCGGUCGAAUAAACUUAGGCGUUCUAGGGGACGAAAUUAUUUCGGAACUAUUUAUUAUUUCGCAUUAUUUUGGUUUUUUUAACUUACAACAUUCACUGGCCGAAUAUUAUAGUAGAAAUAUUAAUGUGGAUAAUGCAUGUUCGUUGUUUACUGCGGCACUUCGUUAUCAACUCAAAAAGCUCGAUGAAGAUGCAGUCAAAUUUAUCGAUAACCACGCUAUGGAUAUAUUUCAAUCUAAAGAUUUUCUAUCCUUGUCUCCCGAAGCAAUGGUAAAAAUUCUUAAACGUGAUUCGUUUAUUGCUAACGAAUUGGAUAUAUUCCUUGCGGUUAGUAGCUGGAUUAAAAAUAAAGAAAACCAACUAGAUCCUGACUGUAAAGUCAAUGUUUUAUCUGCCAUCAGAUAUCCGUUGAUGAGUGUAGAUGAACUGACGUCUGUGGUUAGAGAUUCACAGCUGGUCGAUCCGAACACCAUUUCAGAUGCCAUACAAUUUAUAAAAACAAUGCCACUACAUAAAUUUAAAUUUCGAGGACGACGCAAUGUGCGCUUAGCUUAUUCUUAUCAAACGACUUCCGGUACAACAGACGCCGUAACUAUUAUAAAAUUAGAUCAUCCAUCAACUAUAAACUACAUUGAAAUGAAUUUAUACAGUAAUGAUACGUAUUCAUGGUAUUCAGAAACAGGAAACUAUUCAUAUUACAUUGAAGUUUCAAUGGAUCAAAAUGAUUGGGUGCGUGUUAUAGAUUAUUCAAAUUAUGAUUGUCGAUUAACUCAACGUUUGUGGUUUUAUCCACGAGUACUUCAGUAUGUUCGAUUUGUUGGGACCUGUAACACGGAUAAUAAGGCAUUCAACGUUUUGGAAAUUAAGUACAAUACAAAAGAAAUGUACACAGUAGAAAUCGAAAACGGAUUUGUUGCUCCAAAAUACAAUGUUGUUACAAUAUCUAUGGAUGCAGCUGUAUUGGCAGAGUAUCGUUUCACUAAUAAUUUAAUGUUGAAUGGCCACAUUGAAUACAACUUAAAUAAUUAUAAUUGUCAUCGACUGAACUCGGGUUGUAUUGUUGUUCAACUUGCACAACCCUAUAUGCUUUGUUCAAUGAGAAUGCUUUUUGUGGAUGAAGAUGGCGGAGAACUCAGAUAUAUUGUUGAGGUCUCUGUUAACAGUCAGAAUUGGGAAGAGAUCGUAGACGAAUCAAAUGAGUUUCCAAUAUCGUGGCAGUUGUUGCAAUUUAAAUGCAGACCGAUUGUGUACAUUCGUAUCACUGGUAUUAACGAUUCGGCAUACAAUUAUUUUCAUUGUGAAGAAUUGGAAGCGCCCGCUCAAGCAGCGCCAGAUUCAAACUUUGUUGAAGUCGAUAGUGAUGUAUCAAGUUAUGAGGAGAACAACGAGACAGAAAUUAUAAUGAGAGAAGCAAUAGCUGAGGCUCCAGUCGCUUAGACAUAUUUAAAAUAUAUGCUAAUUAUUUCUUAUCUACGCUUACCAGAAU